UUCAAAGUUUUUUUCUUUUUUUUACUGUUGUCACUGCACAACCCUUGGUUUCUCAUCCCAUUUUAUUAAGCACACGGUUUCUCUCCAGUUAAUGUCCAAUUGUAAGAGUAGCCGUAACAUUUCAAGCACAGUUUACAAAAAGAUUGCUGCAUUUGAUUACUUCAAUGAGUUUUUUUUUUGUUCUUCCUUUUUUUUUUCACUUGAAAUAUUCUACGAAGUUGUCCACUAUCAUCAUCUAUGGAAAGACUUUAGGCUUUUAUCACUACAGCAAAAAAAAGCACUUUUAGCGACGUUUUUUUAGUCACCAAAAGUGUAAUUUUCGUCAUUAAAAGUAUCAGUGACGCCAAGGAGGGCUGCUGAAGCCAUGUCACUAAAUGAUUCGGAGACUAAAUAAAUUAUGGUCGCCUUAUAAAUAAAUCGGCGACCAAAUCAUUUAGUCGCCAACAACCAAAAAUUCGUCGCCAUAAAUCAACAUUUAGUUGCUAAAAGUACCCUUAAGCGAUGCACUACAAGAAAAGUGGUCUAUAACGGCGCUUCAAACAAGACGUUUUAAAAAACGUUGUGGUGUACUGAUAGUCAACACGUUUUUCAUGGCGUCAUGCUCGCUGUAUUUAACUUAAUAGACACUUAAAUCCCAUUCCAAUUACAAAAGUAACACAAAAUCUCUCUCAUACACUGCUCUUCUUCACCGAACUCGAUCUCUCUCUCUCACAAAUCGCAGAUCCAUAAUCGAACAAAAAAGUCGAUCUAAUCUGAUCGAAAUCCGAACUCGAUCUGAUCUGUCUUGCAUUUUGCUAGAUCUAUUCUUGUUCUAGCUUUUCUUUAUCAAACUCAAACUCGAUCUCUCUCGCAAAUUGCAGAUCCCAAAUCGAACAAGAAAGUCUAUCUAAUCUGAUCUCUCUCGCAUUUUGUUAGAUCUGCUGAUUAACAAGGUGGCGAUGAAAUGUAGAGAUCAGUUACAUGAACUUGUAAAGGAAGAGAUAGAGAAGAAGGAUUCGAGUACGGAGGAGUGGAAGAUAGCGAUGGAGAGAAGCUUCAAUCGCAUGGACAAUGAGGUGAUUGCAUGGAAUGAUAGUGUUCUGCGCACCGAGAAAUAUCGAUCUGUUGUUGAAGGAUCUGAGUGAGAAGAAGCAGAGCUUCGGGCGGAACGUGGUGUCACUGACGGUGGAGCUCAAGGAGGUCCAAAGCCGUCUCGCUUCACAGGAGCAGUCAUUGGCUCUUCAAACCCUAACAAGACAUGCAUGUGAAUUUGCAGAGGCCAAAGCUAAGAAGAUGGAGGAGGAGAUGUAUAGAUUACCGGAGAGCUUAGAGGAGAGAAAUGGGCAGCUUCAAGCAUCAGCAUCUACUGCUGGGAUGGCUGAGCUCUUGGUUGGUGAACCUUUUUAUUAUGGAAAUGAUAGCAUGCUUCCAUGGCAAACCUGCGGUUUUGGGGCUCAGUAAGAUAUCUACAGUCAUGGAGUUUGAUUUCUCAAAACCCAUUAGUCCUUGUUUUGGGAAAAAGCCCAGGUUGAAUUUACGGAGCCUGGGAUAUGCCAUGGUUUUGUGCUCUGGAUUGAUUGGGUGAUGGACAUUGAUAACUCCAUUGUGCUUUCAACAGGACCCG